AUGGGCAAGGCCGGCGCGUCCAUUGGUUCGUACGGGUGUUCGCUGUGGGUCAAGGACCCCAGCUUUGGCUACGACGGCGCGUUGUUCUACACGUUUCCCGGCAUUUCACUCGCCACGAUCGUCUUGACGUGGUUUUGCAUGUUCGGCAACAACGAGAGCAGCGAAGUGAUGGAGGAUUUCAAGAACAAGCUGCUCGACGAAGACAAGGAUACGCACGACGACUCAUUUUCGGCCGCGGCGGGCUUUGAUGUGAACCUGUCACCUGCAGGCUGCAGGCGGGCUGCAGGCAAGUACAGUAGUCGAACAACAAUUGUAGUGAUUAACUACGUACCGUUACUUGUACUGUACCAGUAA